GCGACACAUCCGGAAAUACCGCCAUCUUUAUCGCAUUUUACUAUUUGUGAUCUGAUUGUCGUUAAUUGUAUCCUACAGUUUUUCUUCAUAAUUUAAGAAAUGCCAGUAGCAUCUGAAAUUAAGUCCAGCUGGGCAGAUGAAGUCGAAGAAGAAGGAGGAGUAUUACCUCCACCUUCUGAGGUUUAUGAGAAUGGAUUUAAGAUACUUACAGAAUAUAAGUAUAAUCAAGAUAACAAGAAGGUUAAGGUAGUAAGUACUUACAAAAUUGAACGUCGCAUCGUAUCAAAGACCAUUGCUGAAAGGAAGAAUUGGGCAAAGUUUGGAGACUCCGCUGAUGAUAGACCAGGUCCCAAUCCUGCUACUACGGUUGGUGCAGAAGAUGUUUUUAUGCAGUUUAUAUCUAGUAAAGAGGAAGAAAAUAAAGUUGAAGAGGAUACUCUCGACAAGCUUAAAAACAUGGGUGAAAAGGGUGUUGUUAAAUGUCGUAAUUGUAAUGGUGACCAUUGGACUACUAAAUGUCCGUAUAAGGAUACUGUACUUGCUGGAGGUAAAGUACCAGAUGAUAAGAAACCUCUUGUAAGCCCCGCUGUUCCUGGAGCAAUGGCUGAGUUGAAACCACAAGGAAGUAAAUAUGUUCCACCGAGUAUGCGAGAUGGUGGCAACAAACGUGGUGAUGCUAUGCAAAUGCAGAGAAGAGACGAUACUACGGCCAUUCGUAUUUCCAAUUUAUCUCAGAGUACUACAGAUGCUGAUUUGGAUGAACUGGUUAAACCGUUCGGAACGGUUGUGAAACAAUACUUAGCAAAGGAAAAACAAACAAAUUUGUGCAAAGGAUUUGCAUAUGUACAUUUCAAGUAUAGAGCCGAAGCUGCUAAAGCUAUCGCCACUCUCGAUGGUUAUGGAUACGAUCAUCUUAUUUUAAGCGUAGAAUGGUCCAAACCUCAACAACAAAAUAACUAAUUUGAUUUAAUGUAAAGCAAUAAGGAAAAAUCUUUACGCUGGACUUAAUGGGUGUGGCUGUGCCAAGUUGUAAAAUCUGAGGACAAGUAAACAAUAUUCAACAGUUUUUACUUUUUCAUGUUGUCCAUUUUUACAUCUGACAUUUCCAGUGAAUACAACAUAUUAAU